UUCCGUAUCUACUUCAACCUACCUAUAUACUUACCUGCUUGUCUUAUCGUUUCAUUAUACGCCUGAGACUUAUGCCUCCUUACCCUAAGAACUGCCAAUAUCGUUAUUGUCUUUAGCCUCAGUUUCGCCUUCCAUUGCAACAGACCAAUCCGGGCGAACGAAUUCGAACCAGCAGAGUUGAAGACAUUCUGACCCCCUUUCCUUCCCACCGACUUCUACCAACGGAUACCACGUCGAUAUACAAUAGUAUUCAUAACGAAUCUGUAUUAUCAUGGAUAGUAGCGGAGGGCAGGAGCCGCGCGAGCGCUCCUAUCGUCGAGUUCCUUCACGAGCCAGCACGACCAGCGCUGCAAACAGCCAGAUGACAUCGCACAGUACGACCAGUUCCUCUUCCCGGCCACGGGAAUCAACUCGUUCUGGUUCACAUCCAGCACACAGAUACCACCAUUCUAGCUGCAGCGACGGUCCGGGAGGAGGUCCACAGCCGCUUUCACGCAUGUCAAGCAAGCCCAGUGACGAGUUUAGGAAAUCCACACUAUCGACUUCUGCUUUGCUGCAGGAGAAAUUGCAGCAGGCGAGAAAUGAGAUGCAGGCGGCCAAACAUGGCGGCGAUUUAGUUCCUUAUAAUGGUGAUGUUCAAGAACAGGAUAUGCCAAACUCGCCUAUGAGAAGUAUGGCCGCUGUAGGACGACGACAGAUGCCCGAUUUUAGUUAUGAGCCUCCCGAUGCCGCAGGGAUGGGGGCCAGGCAGAUGGAACAGACACUGUCGACGCUACACAAGCAGAAUUUCGAUCUCAAGGUGGAAGUGUACCAUAGACGAGUGAAACAGACGGAUCUCGAAGACAAGAUUGACCAGCUCGAAUCAGAACGCGGUGAUAUGGAGAGUAUUGUCAUGAAGCUGAAGUCACAAUGUGACGAAAAGGAUAAUAUUAUCGAGAAGCUCGGGGGUGAAAAAGUAAAGAUGCUUACAGAUAUGGUGGAGAUGGAAAAUGCUAUUAUGGAGGCCGUCCGGCACAUUGUGGGACUGGAGUCUAGUGUCGAUGAGAUGAAGAGAGAGAAAGAGAUGGUCAGACAGGUCGAGACAGAUGGAGCGUACCGCUAUUUGGCUUCGAAUGGGCGACCAAACCCCGGAUCCACAACCUCUAUGGCCCCUUCGAAUUCUGCGAAUCUCGACAUCCCCUUUAUGGCUGGCGAAGGUGGGGGUCUCGGACGCGUGCCCAGCUUCCUCUCGGAGCACAGCCACCAGACCGAGAAUUUACGGAAUGCGAUCUUGAAAGGUCGAAGCAGUGCGAUGCAUCUGCGCAAGGUAUCAGAGUCAAGUGCGUCACCUAGCGAGAUUAACCGUAUUGCUAGUCCUAGCUUUAGCGUGCUUAGCGAGAGCUCCUUCGUCAGCAUAUACGGUCCAAAAGAAACACGAGACAAGGAAAGCUCACAGCCGUCGAAUCCCGUUGUGGGAAUGGACGGCAGCCACGUCGACCGUUCCCCAACACCGACGAUGAAGAACGCGAACCAAGAGAGUCAUGGCGGCGCUAGGCUCUCAACUAAAAUGCAAUCUCUUAAUAAUGUGCUUGAUAUAACUUCGCCCUUGCAGAAGAUCACACGGCUUGAGGGACAAAUGGUAGUAAGCGAUGAUGUUUCGAGGCAACAUAUGCCUAACCGGAGUCGAGGCAUCAUAACCCCUACACCCGCCAAACCAUAUAUGAACUUGCCGCAGCAAGGCAGGACUAAGCAGGAGAAGAGAGAGGCUCUACAAAAGGUUCUCACGAAUUACCCUACGCAUAGGGAUUUCUCCAACCCCCAGGCAUUCCCUCCUACCCCCGAUACGGUAUCCUCGUCGACACUCCGAAAACAUCAGAACCUUACCGGUUCACAAGAUAGUCUCUCAAGACCAGCAGGAAUUAUCCCGGGUGAGGGUCUCGUACCCGUACACGAGAGAAUCGGAGCAGCGAGGGAGUCAUCUUACCAGACAUCCUAUAAUCAACAGGCACCUGCAACGUCCUACUCUAACCGUAGACAGAUCCCAAUGCCAUUAAUAGAUACUAAUCCAUUCUCCGACCUUAGCCAACUUGCGCGAUCUCUCCCACCCCGCCCCCACUCGUCAGCCGAGACGAUGAGCUCUCGCGCGAGGGCUAACAGCGUUGGAUCGGACACGGAUUCGGAUGGCGGAGCAGACGCGCGCUCUGAGGCACCCACGGUCGAUUAUUGGAUGCGAGAAAGUAUGAGGCCUAACAUGCAGCGUGGGAACGGUCGUUCGGCGUCUCCUGAUCUCUUCUCCUUCCCGGCCGAUACUCGAGGCUGGGAAACGGACGUGAUCUUCGGGGCCCUGAGGGGUAACGGCUAUCUUGGUUCACCCGUAUCGGCACUAAAGCGCGACCCCCUUGAUGAGAUGGCCAGUUCGUUGCGAGCGUCGGCGACAGAAGUGUUUGAUCCUCAUCUGUCGGGUCAAGCACCCCCCACUCCUGAUAGGCGGUCGAGUCUGCAUGCGCGUACCGGUAGCACAAACGCAGCACUUCCGACCGGCGGGAAACUUAGGAAGAGCCUUGCCAAGGGUCCAGGCAUGGGCUGGAUGGACGGGAAAGGCAGAAGCAAUAGUAUCGACACUACAGGCCACCCACAGUCUAACAAAGCAUAUCCCCAGCUCCAGGAAGCAACGCCUGCCGGAAGACGCAACCCUUAUCCACCUAUCUCUGGGCAGACGCCUAACAGACGUGGCUUAGGUCUCAACUCGCUGUUCAGACGAUCCGGGUCAGAGAGCUACAGCGUUCCCUCUAGCGCAACAGAAGCAAACUUUCCUGUGCCGAAUUCAGCUCAGCCGGUGUUAUCAGCACUGCCUCCAGGGAUGAAUUUUGGCGGCCCUACAGGGAGGAGCAGCGUUCCUCCACCAUCGACCAUGCCGUGGCGGCCGCCUGGUGUGGUAGACGACGACUUCAAGAGUGCGACCCCUCCUCCUAUCAUGCGUAGCCGUGGGAUGUCACUUUUGUCCGGGUCCGGAUCGGGUGGUGUCGAGUUGCCACACGUGGUGACAUCACAUCAUAGCCAAAUGAACGAUUUACCAUCGCCCUCUACGCCAACAACGGUGAUGCCAGCCCCCAAGAGGAAAUGGCUAGGGCUCGGAAAGAUGGGCGGGCUGAAAAAGGGUUAGGGAAACUCGUGCCUCCUUUCCUAACAGAAUUGAUGAAUCGUGAAUUACUCUUAACCCGGCAACCCGAUUGUAUUAUAUGCUACUAGGUACGUGUAACAACAGUAUUGGUAGGGGGGGUUACCGUUACUUGGGAAGGUUGUGGUCAUACGGCAUUGGCGUUAUUGGACCUUCAAUGGUGGAAUUGGUAGAACUGGUGGAAUCGCUAGAAUCGCGCCACUCAUCGGGAUGGAAUCGCUGCUGGAAUCAUUACAAUUGCUGGAGUUGCUGGAAAAAACCAAAGUACAUAGGUAUUGCUGGGUUAAAAGAAGUGAUAUAAUUAGCUUUACAUUGAAGCUGUAAUGUUAGUCUUGUUCAUAUGUUCCAUGCACAUAUUUAAACGCGAC